AUGUCGCUAUACGCACCCACAGCUCUGAGGGUUGAUGGAAGUACCGGGACAUAUUAUAUGCAUACUGGUUGGGAUCAUUUAGAAGGCAACGAAUAUUUAGACGAGCCACGUUACACCAACUUUCAUUUCAUAAAACAGUUGACACCAAAUGCUAAACUGAUAAUCAUUUUUAGGGAUCCUGUUGAAAGGCUGUAUUCAGAUUUUAUUCAUGUUACAAGAGGCAAAUAUAAGUCCAGGUCUCCAGAAAUAUUCCAUGAUCAAGUCAAAAUUGUGAUAAAUGCUUACGAAGAUUGUCUCCAAAGAUAUACAAAAAGGAGCUGCGUUUACAACAAUACUUUAAGUCAACAACUGCUAUCAAGGCAUUUAGAGGUUGCUGUCGGUUUUACAGCUGGAUUUUAUGCCAUUUAUAUGAAAGAUAUGAUUGAUGUUUUUGGACUUAGUCAGAUCAAAGCCUUACUUUAUAAUGAUUACGUAACAAACAUGGAAAAAAACAUCCGCAAUGUUUUGAACUUUCUUGAAAUUAGUAAGAUAUUUUUCUUCGAGA